UAUUCAAUGCUUCUUUAAUUCGACGUUCACCAGAUUCGUUGGAUAUAAAUACGAAUCGUAUGAGCAAAAAAUCGAACUCCUUUUGCUUUUUCCAAUCCAGAGCUUCUGUUCAUUAUUAUACAAACCGAUCUGACCAUGGCGACCUCUCAAAUUUAUUUCUCAAAACUGCUUUGUUUUGGGAGGCCCUAAAGGCGACGCUCAUCUAAGAGCCUCUAUCAUCAUCUUAACACCUUCAAAGAUCUCCAGGGACAAGGCUCGCUGUAUGAGUUUGGUGACGCUUCUGUCGCGAUAAGAUUUACGGAUCAGACCGUCUUGGUUGAUCUCGCAUCACCCAGCCAACCGAUCUUGACAGAACGUUUUAGGUUCUGCAAUUAUGACCAAACUCAUGACACUCACUAACACCAACUGAUUUGUUAGGUUCUGUUUCAGUACAUUCCCCUCAUAAUCACUCCAUUUUUAUUAUUUCACCUUAUUAUUGCCUUAUUUUUAUGUUUUCAUGUAGAUAUUUAUCUUACGGGAAGGUUAGGGGUAUCAUAACGUUUUCCAAUGAUGAGACCAAAGUACUCAACGCAUCAUGUAAACCAUGAAAUUUGAAAGGGAGUCAUGCGUGUACCUCAGUGUAUUUGACUGCCUUGCUAAGUUCCUCAAUGAGAAGUUUGCUGCCUUCUGGUGUGGAACCAAAGGUGGUAGUGCCAGCAAACAUAAACCCAAAGUAAGUUGGAGGUUGGCUCUUUCUGAAUUGCCGCUAUCACAUUGUCUAGAAGACAUUGUUGGCAGCAUUCUUACCUUUGAAUUGAAACUCUCUCCAUUCAACUUCUCUACCAACUAUCAAAGUUUCACCAUCUCUCGCUUUUUUAAAAGCCACCAGCGACCACCACUACCUUUGCUUGAGAAUCAUGGUGGUGAUGACAUGCCUGGUGGUAGUGCUUUGAAAAGGAGUCCUCUUGGUUUGAACAGUCGUGACCUGAACCAAAGUGGCUGCAGUGGUGAUUCGAUUGUUGAGGGCGAUAGAGCAACCACUGGUUUGAACAGUCGUGCCCUGAAAAAAACUAUGUUGUUGUUUUUUUCCAAUGAUUUUCCUGGGAUUUAUGCUCUGAAUUUUAUGCUAAAAUAA